CACUGUUUGGCGGAAGUCGUAAAGCGAAGAAGCGGCGAGGGAAGAAGCGGGCAGCUAAUUCAAUCCUAAGCCGAUUAGAUAUUUUUAACAAUGAGCAGAACAACAGUAGCACAGAAUCAAAACUUCAGAAACGUCUCUUCAUUAGUGAAGCCCACAAAGGAGGCUUUCCGUCUGCGCCGUUCGCCGUUGAAGACUUAGCAGAUGAUAGCUGGUAUUCCUUUCUUUCGAAUUCUUGCAGGUCUAUCAAGCAGUGUGGCAAAUACUCUGUGCAUUCGGUUGUACCCUUUCCAGGAUGAAGGGCGGUCAAAGUUCAUCGGACAAGCACAAGAAACAGCAAGCUGCGACAGUUCGGAGACCAAUCUUCAGGGAGCCAGUUAUUGAAGCUGCAUCCGUGAAAAAUGUGAAUAGAGCAUCUGAAAAAAUUACAAACGUACCUGAACAGGCAGUGAAAAGCCCAAACCUUGAUUUCACCCAUUUUGUAUCUCUCCCCCUCGCUAUCCACCGUGAACUGGUAGAGAAGCUAGAAGGAUUUCAGAAAUCUGUACUGGAAGAAGUUAAUAUGAUACCUGCAAUGGGUAUUGAAAGGUCCAUAUUUAUUAAUCCUCAAACAUUUCACUUGACUGUGCUUAUGCUGAAGUUAUGGAAUAAGGAUCGUGUUGCUAUGGCUACUAAGAUUCUAAAGGAAAUUUCUUUGAAAGUAAUGGAUGCUUUAGAAAAUCGACCUGUUUAUAUAAGGCUAAGAGGAGUGGCAUGCAUGAGGGGUUCACCAGCUAAUGCUCAUGUCGUAUAUGCUCCAAUAGAGGAAGUAAGUGGAGAUGGACGCUUGUUACGUGCUUGCCAGGUUAUCAUUGAUGCUUAUGUGGAUGCAGGUCUUGUUCUUCAAAAGGAUGCUCGUCAUUCUUUAAAGCUCCAUGCCACUUUGAUGAAUUCCAGACAUAGAAAAAGAAAGAUGCAUACUAUAAGAAAUGAUUCAUUUGAUGCACGAGAUAUAUUUAAGAGGUAUGGUUUGGAAGAUUGGGGUGAAUAUGUCAUUCGGGAGGCACAUCUUUCUCAGAGAUUUGUUUAUGAUAAAAGCGGAUACUACCAUUGCUGUGGCUCAAUACCCUUUCCUAAGUCUGGUCGUCUGUCUGUGGAUUCCGGAAGUAACUCUCAAAAAAGCAAGCAACCCGCUGCUGGCCGUGACCAUCGUCACCCACCGUCGGCAGUUGGCCACCACCACCUGCCGCAGGCCACUGGACAGCAUCGCGGCCCCCCGCUGCCUCCGAAAACCACCGUCGCCACCUCGUCGUCCACCACCACCCGCCGCCAUCGGCCUCCACGCGCCAGUUGCCAUCUUCUUUAAAUUUUAUGCCGAACAAAAAAAAAAAUCACCUGAAUUUAUUUCACUCAUAAUAACAUCUCAAAAAUAUUCCUUUUACAUUGUAUUUUUUUUUAGUCAACGAAAUUGCCCAUGAGGGGCUUUUAUGUGUUUA